ACUUGGAAUUGGACUCUGAUGAUGAUGAUGAUAAUGCCAUGAGGAAACUGAUCCGUACUGGCCCUCGGAUUGAUUCGUUUGAUGCUCUUGAAGUCCCUGGUGCUCAACGGAAUGACUUUGAUCUACUGAGCUACCAAACAAACCCUUAGUGCACAACUCUGAAAGUUGAAGAUGGGGCGAGGAAGACAGCUACAGAACAACAGACAAAGAACAGAUUUAGGCAACUUAAGUGACAUACGGGUAACUAAAGAAAGGGGUACCACUCAUUUGGAAACGAGAAACUUGUCAGUUUCCAAGCAAAACCCAAUGCUACUUCAACACUAGCCAAACUCUAUGUCCAUGUCCACCAUUGAAUGUGGCAUCUCUAUUUGCACUCAUUUGAGAAAUACCAAAUGAGUGAAGAAGUGUAUCUUUGUUCUGAUAUACAAGAGCAAAGCAGGUGCAAAGUAACAGGAGUUGUCACAAUAUUGAACUUAUAAGUCACUUCAAUGAAAUUUCGGGAAAGAGUGAUAAACUAUAGACUUGAGCUAGGUCGGAUUUAUGAUUGCUAGAUCUACUACUGAUUUAUGUUAAGAAGAUGGAUAAAAUUUAUUUAUAUGAAGAAGAAUUUCCACAUGAUAUUCAUUGACCUAGAGUUUGCACGAAUCUGCCUUGAGUCCAUACAUGGUAACAACAAGGUAUGUAUGUUCUUAUCAAACGUGUACCCAACUCGAGAAAAUUCUGACUAAAUUCCAGUUUUAUCUCUCUUGUUCCUCCAACCUUCAUUUGUGGUUUCUAUUUUCUUUUACUUCAUUCAGUGGAUGUCCUUUCCUGAGGGAGAAUACUAAAUGAACCUCUGUACCAGUGUUUUUUUUUUUAAGUAGAAAAAGUAACAAGGCCCUGCUUUGCUUGAAGCAAAGUGCUCGCUUCACUGAAGUGUAGCACAUUUCUUAAUGAAAGACCAAAAUAAACCUUACACAGAGACAAUAUAUAUAAGUACAUGUUCAAUUUAAAUAUUAAUAAGUAGUUAGCACAAAAUUCCUCCAUAGACCAUAGUACAAGCAAAAUCAAUACUAAAACAUUAACUUUUGCAAUUCUUCCUUCAUGUGAGCUGGGCAACUUGGACAAGCAGUGAUGAUUGGAUUACCACCGAUGAGAUGAUGUUUGUAAUGAUAAUUCCCUCUUUUUUGAUCUUGUUACAAAAGAGACUUUACAAAUAAGUCUUGUCUGUAUCGCUAGCGAAACCAGGACGUUUCAGCAGGUAGGAAAAUCCUAUUGGCCUUUCAGACUCUUGGAGUUGUCUUUGGGGACGUGGGGACAAGUCCCCUAUAUACCUUCAGUGUGAUGUUCAGCAAGGCCCCUGUCAAUGGCAACGAAGAUGUUCUUGGUGCAUUAUCCUUGGUUUUGUAUACCUUAAUCCUCAUUUCCUUGGUUAAAUAUGUUCUUAUUGUUCUUUGGGCCAAUGAUGAUGGUGAAGGUGGUACUUUUGCUUUGUACUCGCUGCUUUGUAGGCAUGCUAAGGUUAAUCUUCUUCCAAACCAACUAGCAUCAGAUGCUCGAGUAUCAGGCUUCAGACUGAAGGUGCCAUCUCCAGAACUUGAGAGGUCUUUAAAAAUAAAAGAAAGGCUUGAAGCUUCAUUGACAUUGAAAAAGCUUCUUCUGAUGUUAGUUCUUGCUGGUACUGCUAUGGUGAUAGCUGAUGGAGUUGUUACACCUGCUAUGUCAGUAAUGUCUGCUGUUGGUGGUUUAAGAGUUGGAGUCUCUGGGGUUAAGCAAGAUCAAGUUGUGAUGAUAUCAGUGGCGUUUCUUGUAAUUCUGUUCAGUGUACAGAAGUAUGGGACAAGUAAAAUGGGGCAUUUCGUAGGUCCUGCUUUGUUUAUAUGGUUCUGUUCCCUGGGUGGCAUUGGCGUCUACAACCUCAUUAAGUAUGAUUCUAGUGUUUGGAGAGCAUUUAAUCCAGUUCAUAUAUACUAUUACUUUAAGCGCAAUUCAACAAAGGCGUGGUACUCACUUGGAGGCUGUAUUCUUUGUGCAACAGGUUCCGAGGCAAUGUUUGCAGAUCUUUGUUAUUUUUCUGUGAGAUCAGUCCAGCUUACCUUUGUGUUCCUUGUGCUGCCAUGCCUUCUGUUGGGUUACCUUGGUCAAGCUGCUUAUCUUAUGGAGAACCAUGCCGACACAACACAGGCUUUCUUCUCUUCUGUGCCAAGUGGAGUAUUCUGGCCCAUCUUCUUGAUUGCUAAUGUAGCUGCAUUGAUAGCCAGUAGAGCGAUGACCACCGCAACUUUCUCUUGCAUUAAACAAUCCACAGCCCUAGGCUGCUUCCCUCGCCUUAAAAUUAUUCAUACAUCUCGGAAGUUCAUGGGUCAGAUAUAUAUCCCGGUGAUGAACUGGUUUCUUCUUGCAUUGUCAUUGGUGAUGGUUUGUUCUAUCUCAAGCAUAUAUGAGAUAGGAAAUGCUUAUGGAAUAGCCGAGCUUGGUGUGAUGAUGAUGACAACAAUACUAGUUACUAUUGUCAUGCUUCUGAUAUGGCAGAUCAAUAUCAUUAUUGUGCUUAGCUUUGUUGUUAUCUUCUUGGGAUUGGAGUUAAUAUUUUUCUCAUCAGUUUUAUGGAGUGUGGGAGAUGGAAGUUGGAUCAUUCUGGUUUUCGCUGUAGUCUUGUUUUUUAUUAUGUACAUAUGGAACUAUGGAAGCAAGCUGAAGUAUGAAACUGAAGUCAAGCAAAAGAUGUCUAUGGAUUUGCUACGUGAACUAGGCCCAAACCUUGGAACAAUCAGAGCACCUGGAAUUGGCUUGCUUUAUAAUGAACUGGCAAAGGGCAUACCAGCUAUAUUUGGACAUUUUCUCACCACUCUUCCUGCUGUUCAUUCAAUGAUAAUUUUUGUUUGUAUAAAAUACAUUCCUGUUCCUGUAGUACCUCAGAAUGAAAGGUUCCUGUUUCGCCGCGUCUGCCCCAGAGGCUACCACAUAUUUCGUUGUAUUGCCAGAUACGGUUACAAGGAUGUUCGCAAAGAAAACCAGCAGGCUUUUGAGCAGCUACUGAUUGAAAGUCUAGAGAAGUUCAUUCGUAGAGAUGCUCAGGAGCGGUCACUUGAAAGUGAUGGCAAUGAUGAAUCAGACUCUGAAGAAGAGCAUGCCUUUUCAAGGGUCCUUAUUGCUCCCAAUGGGAGUGUUUACUCACUUGGUGUUCCUCUCUUGUCUGAUUUUAAGGACACCGGCAAGGCAGUUGUGGAAGAAAGCAUUUCAGAAGAGCUGAAGGCUGGCCCUUCGUUGGAGUCGCUCUCGUCAGAUGCUGAACAGUCCUUUGAGAAGGAGCUCUCAUUCUUACGCAAGGCCAAAGAAUCUGGUGUGGUUUACCUCCUUGGUCAUGGAAAUAUUAGGGCAAAGAAAAGUUCCUGGUUCAUUAAGAAGCUUUUCAUAAAUUACUUCUAUGCUUUCCUUAGAAAGAAUUGCAGGAGGGAAAUUGCCAAUUUGAGUGUACCACACUCCCAUUUAAUGCAGGUUGGCAUGACAUAUAUGGUGUGAGAAUUAGCUUUCUCGAAAAGGCCCAUACUAAUAUAUUUUGGUGAAAAAGGAAGUUUUAGCGUCAAAUUUUUUGUUGGACCCCUGUAUCAAAGUGAUGAGUGCAGUUAAGUGUCCAUGUAUUCUUUGCACACCACAGCUGAAUUGAAAUCCUUCGUCUUAUAGCCUGGAAAUCUUUGCACUGAUCCAGUUACUGUAACAAACUUAUCGCCAUAGUCAUUUGGCACUGCCUCAACCCGUUGACUUAUUCAAUGCCUUUCCAUCUGUUGAAAGCUAGAUGAGCAGGAAUAAGUGAAGAACAGAUAUACAGUGAAAGCCAACACAGAUGCAAACUCAUAAUAUUGUAAUUCUUUUUCACUUAUUACCCUUAACUUUCAUAAUUUUGUUAUUGAAUCACCUUAUAAAUGCUGAUGAAGUUUUUACCGCAUUCACAAGUUCAUUCAUCUUAUUCUUAGAGAA